AUGUGCAGAUACGCCUGUGACAUCCGCGUGGUGGUGCUGAUGCGGGAGAGGAGCCGGGGGAACAGUCCGCCAUUGUUCUCCAGCCUCUGCUGCUUCUCCCAAACCCAAGUGGCCGCUGUCCGCGUACGCCAGGACGUGCUCUCGCGGCUGCCCGAGGUCAGGGCCAAAAUUACAUCUGUCUUUGGCUCCGUCCUCAAAAUGGACUCCACCAAAAAGGUCACCAAGAAGCUGGCCGGUGCCGCAGCCAACACCGCCGGCUGCUGGACCAAUGUCAGCAAUGAGCACGGCCAGGUCUUGGCGUCUGUCCUUGCAGCCGCGGAGGGGCGCGGCCUUUGGCCUAUGGCAGCAGGCUUGGUGAGGUGCUACCGGGAGGCGGGAGCGGCACCGCCCUCUGUGAUGUACGUGGACCGGGACCGCUGCAGCCCGCAGGCUCGGGGCCAGGCGCAGGUCGCAGCGAUGUUCAGCGCCUGGACAUCUGGCGCUUUAUGCGUCGGUUUGCAGCAGGCGGCAUCACGGAGGCUCACCGGCUCUACGGCACCUUCAUGGCGCCGCUGGCCAGUUUUGGAUGCAACGUUUACUGAACAGCAGGGCUCAGGCAAGGUGCUGCUCAUCGCCUGA